UCCGUUUGUCGGUUUCGUUUCCGUCAUGGAUAAGUCGCCUUACAAACGACUUAUCAAACGUUCUGCGCGUGCAACCGUUCCGCUGUCGUUUCCACCAAACCUGUAGGUUAAUGUCCAGUUUCAAGCCGAAGGUUAAGACAGAAAAAAUUGAAGCUUUGUACUCCACAUAUGCAUAGAAAAUUUAAUGAUUGUUAUCCAACUGGUUUAUCGGCUGGUAAUUUGAAUGACCGCGUCUAAUUCAUUUUACUAUUGAUGUGAUCUUGUUGACAGGACAUGACCAUCUGUGCGGCUUGUGCUCCCCCUGGGGGUGGUAGAAACCCAGUAACACCUCGGUUCUUACGUCAUUUUAGUAUGUUCAGUAUUCCAACUUCUGCUGAGCACACUCUCAAACACAUCUUCAAGUCUAUCGUUAGUGGAUUUUUAGUUGACUUCCCUCAAGAUGUCAGGAGUUGUGCUGACGCAAUUGUUGGAGCCAGUGUUGAAAUCUAUGUCCGUAUGAGCACAGACUUGCUUCCUACUCCAGCUAAAUCUCACUAUGUGUUCAACUUGAGGGAUUUAUCCAAAUGCAUUCAAGGCGUCCUUCAGGCAGACCCAGGGGUAAUCAGGGAUGGUGGACAGAUAUUUCGCUUGUUCUGUCACGAAGCACAAAGAGUAUUCCAUGAUCGUCUAAUUAACAAAGAAGACAAGCGUUAUUUUAACACCAUACUGUCCGAAAUGUCACAGAAACACUUCUCCCAGAAUGUGGAACCCACGACGUUUGAGACGAAUCCUAUCCUGUUUGGAGAUUUCAUGAAAAUGGGCGCUGACCCGGCUGACAGGAUCUAUGAAGAAUUGGCUGAUGUCUCAAAAGUGAAAUCGCUUCUGACUGAUUAUCUUGAUGACUACAACAUGAACUCCUCCAAAGAAAUGAAGCUGGUGUUCUUUAUGGACGCUAUAGAACACGUCUCAAGAAUUGCUCGUAUGGUUCGUCAGCCGCGUGGAAACGCAUUGCUUGUUGGUGUUGGAGGAACUGGGAAACAGAGUCUUACAAGGUUGGCAUGCCACAUGUCUGGUUACCUCUGUUUCCAAAUCGAGCUGACUCGUGGUUAUGACUACUCGGCUUUCCGAGAAGAUCUGAAGAAACUCUAUAACUCUGCUGGAGUGGAAGGAAAAAAUACUGUGUUCUUAUUCACUGAUACACAGAUCGUUGUUGAGGAAUUUCUUGAAGACAUCAAUAACAUUUUGAACUCUGGCGAGGUCCCUAACUUGUUUGAACCAGAGGAAUAUGAGCAAGUGUUGAAUGGAACUCGACCACAUGCCAAGGAAGCAGGCGUUCCUGAAGGUGACAGGGAUAGCGUGUUCAACUAUUUUAUCAGCCGAGUGCGUAAUAACCUUCAUGUAGUGCUCUGUAUGAGUCCUGUUGGAGAUGCCUUCCGUACUCGCUGCCGUAUGUUCCCAUCUCUGGUCAACUGUUGUACUAUUGACUGGUUCACUGAGUGGCCAAGAGAAGCGCUGUUGUCUGUUUCGAAGAACUUUUUCGAAGAAGUAGAUCUGGGUGCAGGGGAUGUUAAGGAAAGAGUAGCUGAACUGUGUGUGGAAACCCAUACAAGUGUCAGUUCCAUGGCAGAAAGAUUUUACGCUGAGUUGCGUCGCCGAUAUUAUACGACACCAACAAGUUAUCUGGAGCUUAUAAACCUGUAUCUCACCAUGUUAGAUGAUAAAAGAAGGCAGCUGAUUGGUGCGCGUGACCGCGUGAAGAAUGGCUUGAAGAAGCUUCUAGAAACUAACGACUUAGUAGAUAACAUGCAGGUCGAAUUAGUAGCUCUGGAGCCACAGUUGAAACAAAAGUCACUUGAUGUGGAAAAACUCAUGGAUAAACUACAGACUGACCAAGAUGAAGCUGAUAAGGUGCGAAAGGUUGUGUCAGCAGAAGAAGAAGUGGCCAAAGGAAAGGCAGACGAGACCCAGGCUAUCGCGGCCGAAGCGCAGAAGGACUUGGACGAAGCUCUGCCUGCUCUUGAUGCUGCUAACAAGGCCCUGGACUCUUUGGACAAAUCCGACAUUUCUGAGUUACGUGUGUUCACCAGCCCCCCGGAACUUGUCAUGACGGUUAUGGAGUCUAUCUGUAUUCUACUUAAUGCAAAACCUGACUGGGCAACAGCAAAGACUAUCCUGGGAGACGCCAAAUUUUUGUCUAAACUCAUGGAAUACAACAAGGACAAUAUUGGUGAUUCGACGUUGAAAAAAUUGAAAAAAUACAUUGAUAACCCAAAGUUUACACCAGAAAAUGUAGAGAAAGUUUCCAAGGCGUGCCGUUCCAUGGUGAUGUGGGUCCGUGCUAUGGAUUUAUACGCUCGAGUUUUUCGUACUGUCGAGCCCAAGAAAAAGAGACUUGCCGCUGCCCAGGUGGAAUUGGAUGCAGUUAUGGCAACGUUAAAAGAAAAGCAAGACAGUUUAGCUGCUGUGGAAGAGAAGAUUGCAGAGCUUCAGGCAGCUUACGAUAACAGCAUUGCUGAGAAGGAAAUGCUGACCAAGAAUAUUGCACAGACUGCGGCUCGCUUGAAGAGGGCAUCAAAGCUGACAACAGCUUUAGGAGAUGAACAAGGACGUUGGACGGAGAACGUUGCGGCAUUCGAGUUAGAGAUUGGUAACGUGGUUGGUAACGUUUUCGUCGCCGCUGCUUGCGUGGCGUACUUUGGAGCGUUUACAAGUCUUUAUCGUCAUGAACUAGUGUCAUCUUGGAUUGCACGCUGUAAAGACCUGGAAAUUCCUGUGUCAGAUGACUUCAGUCUCAUCAAUGUGUUGGUCGAUCCCUACGAGAUAAGGCAGUGGAAUGCAGAUGGCCUUCCAAGAGAUUCAGUGUCCAUUGAGAACGCCAUUUUGGUGACCCGAGGUCGUCGUUGGCCUUUGAUGAUUGAUCCACAAGAUCAGGCCAAUCGUUGGAUCCGAGCAAAAGAAGCAAAGAAUGGUCUGAAAGUGAUCAAGUUGACUGACCAGAACUUCCUGCGCACUCUUGAGAACUGUAUUCGCAUUGGUAUGCCUGUGUUACUGGAGGAAGUCGGCGAGACCCUGGACCCCGCUCUAGAACCUAUCCUGUUGAAACAGACUUUCGUACAGGGUGGUCGACUAUUGAUCCGUCUUGGCGACAGUGAUAUCGAUUAUGACAAGAACUUCAAGUUCUACAUGACAACUAAACUGGCGAACCCUCACUAUCUGCCAGAAGUAUGCAUCAAAGUAACUAUCAUCAACUUCACUGUCACCAAGUCAGGCCUGGAGGAUCAGCUGCUCAGUGAUGUUGUUCGUCUUGAAAGGCCAGAUCUGGAAGAUCAGAGAAAUCAGCUUAUUGUACGAAUAAACUCCGAUAAAAACCAGUUGAAGGCCAUCGAGGACAGAAUUCUUAAACUGUUAUUCCACUCGGAAGGAAACAUACUAGACGAUGAAGUGCUUAUUAACACUCUAAACGAGUCAAAGGUCACCUCAGGAGUGAUAAGUACUCGGCUGAAAGAGGCUGAAAUGACUGAGGAGAAGAUAACAGCCGCUCGUGAGAAGUACCGUCCAGUGGCCACACGCGGCUCUGUGAUGUACUUUGUUGUGGCCAGCAUGGCUGAGGUGGACACUAUGUACCAGUACUCCCUCAAAUACUUUAAACAGUUAUUCAACACUUGUAUCGAGAACAGCGAAAAGACAGAUGACUUGGACAAGAGGCUUCAAAUACUUCUCACUAACUGUACCAACUCUGUUUACACGAACGUAGCUCGAGGCCUAUUUGAAAAGGACAAGCUGGUGUUCUCGUUCAUGCUGUGUGGUGAGAUCAUGCGUCAAAGAGACGAAAUCUCAGACGCGGAAUGGAACUUUUUCCUGAGAGGAAGUGGAAGCUUGGACAAGGAACGCCCACCGAAGCCAGACAUUCCUUGGCUAGCAGAACACACCUGGAAUACUUGUUGCGACUUGGAGGAUUCCCUCCCAGCUUUUAGUGACUUAAAGCAGGAAAUAGUCAGCAAACCUGUUGUUGUGAAGAUUGGAUCAGUUGAGGCGUGUCCAAACGCCCCAUUACUAUCGGGGGAUAAAGAGGACAAUGAUGGUAGAUCUACAACAACAAGUGAAAGCACAGAGGCGACUGAUGAAGGCCAAGAACAUUCCGGUUUAUCCGAUCGCCUCACGAGUUUCCAGAAGCUAGUGUUUGUGAAAGCGUUCAGGGAGGAGAAGGUUGUUUUUGCUGCCGUUGAUUUCGUGUGUGAGAACCUCGGCAAGACAUUCGUGGAAAGCCCAUCCGUAGACCUAAACAUCCUGUAUGCAGAUGUGGGCCCCACCACACCUCUCAUAUUCAUCCUCUCUACUGGUUCUGAUCCUAUGAAUGCCUUCCUCAGGUUCGCCAGGGAAAUGAGCUACACCGAAAGAAUCCAAGCAAUCUCGUUAGGUCAAGGUCAAGGGCCUGUUGCCGAGAAAAUGAUAGCUAAUGCUACUAAGACGGGAGACUGGGUCUUCCUUCAGAAUUGCCAUCUUGCUGCUUCCUGGAUGUUGGCAAUGGAAACCCUUAUAAAGAACCUGUCGUCGCCCGAAGCGGAAGUACAUGAAGACUUCCGGCUGUUUCUGAGCUCCAUGCCCAGCAAGUCUUUCCCAGUAACAGUGUUACAGAACAGUGUUAAAGUGACGAAUGAGCCGCCGAAGGGACUCAGAGCUAAUGCUAAGAGAGCAUUUGGAGAACUCAGCUCAGAUACCUUUGAAAACCACAUUCUUGGUGUUACGUGGCGGAAGCUUGUGUUUGGAAUUUGUUUCUUCCACGCCAUUAUUCAGGAGAGAAAGAAGUUUGGUCCCCUUGGUUGGAACAUCAAGUACGAGUUCAAUGACUCUGAUCGUGAAAGUGCACUUGACAAUCUAAAGAUGUUCUUAGCAGAAGGACAGAUUCCAUGGGACGCGCUCACGUUCAUCACAGGGGAGAUCACAUAUGGAGGUCGAGUUACCGAUGCUUGGGAUCAGCGAUGUUUAACUACAAUCCUCGGCAGAUUCUUUUCACCAACAAUUCUGGACGAUGGUUACAAGUUUUCACAAUCAGGUAUCUACUUUCCUCCUGGAUUUGACUCGUUACCUGAAUACAGAGACUACAUUGACAGUUUGCCCAUUGCUGACGAGCCAGAGGUUUUUGGGAUGCACAACAAUGCAAACAUCGCUUUUCAGACGCAAGAGACCAAUGCCCUCAUUACUGCCGUGUUAGAGGUGCAGCCACGUUUAGCCAGUGGAGGAAGUGGUAAAACAAGUGAUGAGAUUGUAUUUGAACUGGCUGAAAGCAUUCUCUCUAAGUUGCCUCUUUUACUGGACAUGGAGAAAGCAGAUAAAUCUAUGUUUGAGACUGAUGCAAAAGGUCGUGUAAACUCUCUGACUACUGUGCUUGGACAAGAGGUUGACCGGUUUAACUCUCUUCUGAAAGUUAUCAAGACGUCACUACAGCAGCUCCAGAAAGCCAUCAAGGGACUGGUAGUGAUGUCACUGGAGUUGGAUAAAGUUUAUACAAACUUCUUGAAUAAUCAGGUUCCGGCAAUGUGGUCGAACGCUGCUUACCCUUCAUUAAAACCUCUUGGAUCCUGGGUCAAGGAUUUACUGCUCAGAUGCAUGUUUAUUGAACAAUGGAUUUUACAUGGCGCCCCGAAGUCGUUUUGGAUUUCCGGUUUCUUCUAUCCUCAGGGUUUUCUGACCGGCACACUCCAGAACCACGCCCGUAAGUACAAUCUACCAAUUGACCAGCUGUCGUUCCACUUCAACGUGUUGCCUCACUACCGCAAUCAAGAGGAAGUCAGCGAGGCGCGCUUAAAACUCGGUCCAGACGACACUCUGUCAAUGGAUGAGGAGAUAGAGUCGCCUGAGGACGGAGUACUGGUACACGGUCUAUUUAUAGACGCAGCUCGCUGGGACGAUGAGAAAAUGAUGCUGGGAGAUGCUCUUGAUGGCGAAAUGAACCCGACUUGCCCUAUCUUACACAUGGAGCCCCGGAUGAACUACACACCAGAUCCCUCCCUGUACACGAGUCCGCUGUACAAAACGUCUGCUCGUGCCGGCGUGCUGUCCACUACAGGUCACUCGACUAACUUUGUUGUAGCUGUGUAUCUUCCCACUGACCUUACAUCAGACUUCUGGAUUGAGAAGGGAACGGCUCUCUUGUGUCAACUCAAUGAAUAGAAAUACAAAGGUUACUCGCCAUCCUUGUGAAAAACAUUACUCAGUUCGAUUUAAAGUUUGUUAAUACUUCGCUUGAAAGUGUAAGAUGUUCGCCUUAAUUUUUCAUGCGGCUUAAGUAGAUACAGUCGUCGUGGGUGAUGGUGCACCAAGUGUACAUAACUAUUAUUUCAGUUAUGCUUGUUUUUCUCGAUUUUUACCAGUUAUGUGAAAGAGUACACUAUUUAGUGCUCAGGUUGAAAAAAGUUGUGUAUAUUCGGCGUUUUUAGAACAUAAAAGAAACGUGUGGUUUGACGUA